UAUUUUUUAAAAAAAAAAAAUCCUCCAUUAUCAAUAUUACUAUAUCUAAGAAUGUAAGCUUAACUUCUGUUUCCUUUCCUAUACUUUAAUAUGUAGGCAUUCUCAGAGACUUCAUCACAAUCAGUAAUGCGAAAUGAUCUGGGGGAGAAGAAACACUAUAUCCAAACUAAGCAAUGCAGGAAGAACAAUAAAACUGUGCUAACGCUUCUUUUUUUGCCCUGGUUUUGCAUAUGCAUAGCGGAAAGCUUUGAUUUGAAGUCAGAAUGUCAUCAAGAUCAGCACAUGAAUUUGUACCUAAAAACAUCCUGAUAACCGGCGCUGCGGGUUUCAUAGCUUCCCAUGUGACCAACAGGCUCGUUAAGCAACACCCUCACUACAGAAUCGUUGCCCUAGACAAGCUCGAAUACUGUUCUUGCUUAAAGAAUUUAAAUCCCAGCUUUGAAUUGCCGAAUUUCAAGUUCGUCAAUGCGGACAUAUUGAGUGAUGAUCUCAUGAACCACCUAUUGGAGGCUGAGGAUAUUGACACAAUAAUGCACUUUGCAGCCCAAACACAUGUUGACAACUCUUUUGGAAACUCUUUCGAGUUCACCAACAAUAAUGUCCUUGGGACUCAUGUACUUCUUGAAGCCUGUAAGGUUACCGGAAGGAUCAAGAGAUUCAUCCAUGUUAGUACUGAUGAAGUUUAUGGCGAGACAGAUAUGGAGACUAAUAUUGGAAACUGCGAGGGUUCCAGACUCCUUCCUACAAAUCCGUAUUCAGCUACUAAAGCUGGAGCUGAGAUGCUUGUCAUGGCUUAUCAUCGAUCCUAUGGUCUCCCUACAAUCACCACUAGGGGGAAUAAUGUGUAUGGUCCAAAUCAAUUCCCUGAAAAACUCAUUCCAAAGUUAAUUCUUCGUUCAAUGCAGGGGCUAGAUUUACCUAUUCAUGGCGAUGGAUCAAACGUCAGAAGCUAUCUUUACUCAGGAGAUGUUGCGGAGGCUUUCGACAUCAUACUUCAUAAAGGGGUUAUCGGAAAUGUAUACAAUAUCGGAACGAAGAAAGAAAGGAGUAAUUUAGAUGUAGCUGAGGAUAUAUGCAAAUUAUUCGGAAGGAACUCCAAAGAAGUUAUCAAGUUUGUAGAAGAUAGGCCUUUCAAUGACAAGCGAUAUUUCCUGGAUGACCAAAAACUGAAGAACUUAGGUUGGGAGGAAAGGACUUCUUGGGAGGAAGGGCUGAGAAAUACAAUUGAAUGGUACAAGGUAAAUACUGACUGGUGGGGUGAUGUUACUGCAGCACUUCAUCCCCAUCUAAGCUUCUCAACCGGUGUCACAUUCAGUUGAUGACGAGAAAUUGUGGCGUGUAGCAAUUGGAGGGAAAAUGCCCUGCAAAUCAGAUUCAGAUAUCACUUGAUUCUCGAAAAAGAAAUUUGGUCUUCUGUUUUCCGUUUUCGGUUCCCACUGUAACUUAAGAAACGUCUCAAGCCCUUCCAAAACUAGAAAAACUGUAGUUUUUUUUUUUUUAAUAAGGUUCCUGUUUAUUAAUUUAAGAUACCUACUCUAUUAUAUUGCAUUAUAUUAUAAAUUAAUUAUGCAGUGAUCUACCCUAUAGUGAUCUACCCUUUUCCAUCCAUCAAUCAAAAGGAUUUUUUGUGUUUUUAAUUUGUCUUUUAUUAAAAAUGAGUAUGUGAAAGGAUAAUGACUAUGUGAGGGUGGG